AUGACGACUUCAUCCCGCCCGCAGCGCCUCGCUAGCCUCGGGCUUGGCAACAUGAACCGGCGAGAGGUGCCUGUCGGGCAGUACUGGCAGGUGCAGGUGCCCGCUUGGCGCGGCAUCGUAACAUCGUCCGACGCUGCUGCUGCAGACCCGUCGUCAGCGGCGCAAAUGACGGCAAACGCCGACCCGGUGCCGCAGUCGUCGAUUGAGGAGGAGUUGGCGAGGCGGACGGCCCGCAAACUCACCGCCCUCGCGUUUGAGGAGGACUGCGCCCACGCGCACCGGAUGGCAGCCGCUGUCGACCCCGCCUUGGACAACGGGGAGAGCCUGCGCCUCACCUCGUCGGGCUCGUACCUGUCUCGCUGGGGCGCUCGUCCGCCGCCGCCCGGCCCCGACGACGCGCUCGGCUUCGCGGCGGUGCUUCGAGCGGCGAGGGCCGAGGCGAAGGCGCUGGAGAGUGCGCCUCCAAAGCCAAAGCCGCAGCAAAAGCAAAAGGCGGCGCGGGCGCCGCGUGCGAGGCUGAGGGACAUGGGGGCGGUGCCGGGCGAGAACUUUACGGAGGGGCUGCGCCUGCUCGCCGAGUACCUCGACGAGUGCGGCGGCGACGGCAGCAGCCUCAUCGCCGACUGGCAGUGCCGGGUGCGGAAGGAGGGGAACACUGCGGGGACGAGCGACAUGUACUACUACUCCGACAAGGGCCAGCGCCUCCGCUCAAGGGCCGAGGUGGCUCGGUUCUUCAGGCUGGAGCCGAUCAAGAGGAGCGGCAAGAGGCCAAAGCUGAGCGGAGGAGCGGCCCCGGUGGCGGCGGCGGCGGCAAGGCCCUACGACCCAUCCGCCAUCGCCUCCUCAGAGCCCGCACCGCCGCCCGCCUCCGUCGCCGCUGCGCCGCCCGCCGCGCCGCCCGCCGCGCCGCCCGCCGCGCCGCCCGUCGCGCCGCCCGUCGCGCCGCCCGCCGAGCCGCCCGCCGAGCCGCCCGCUGAGCCGCCGGGCGCUGGCGAGGGAUGCGUCUCGCUCAAGCUGCAGGGUGCUGCGGGGCAGGGUGAGGUGGCGGCGGCGCAGGGGGCAGCGGAGCUGACGGCGGCGCAGGGGGCAGCGGCGGGUGCGGUGGCGGGUGCGGUCGCGGUCGUGGCCGUGGCCGCGCGCACGAUCAAGCCGCCUCGCGGCAAGCCGCCGCGCGCAGAGGGGUGCCGCGUGGCGUGGGACGGCGCCAUUGGCUGCUACCGGACGGCGGAGGAGCCUCCGAGGUACUGGCACGGCGCGGCGAAGCUUGGCGAAGGCGAGGCGGCGGCGAGGCGGCUGGAAGGCGAGCGUGCCGUGGUGUGCUGCCUGGAGCUUGCCCGAGGCGUGACGCUGGACUGACUCCCCGCGGCUCGCGCGGAGACGGGAGUUCUUGUUCGUUCCCUCCGUUGCUUUCGUUAUCUCAGGGUGGCGCGCGCGAGACAUGACUCAUGAGAAGGAGUCUGUCCGAGACACGAUCGAUUCGUUUUUCAUUAGCAUUCCACGUAAUAAACUU